GAGGGACAAUACCUCUAGCCCGACUCUUUAACAUACAAUCGUGGAUCGUUAUGGAGUUUGGAUUAUUUGUUGUGUUUGUAUCCUGGUUUAUUGACAAUUACAGUAAAAGCCAAAACAGAAAUAUUUUUGCGGAAGGCCUUUUUUAUGGUCAUCAUGCCAUUUCUGGGAUAUUCUCUGGAUAUUCCCUGUUAGUCUGAACAUAUACAAUAGGAAACAAGUACUGUUGUGAAAAUAAAGAUGUUUUAUGUCACGAUUUUGAAGGAUUUCAUGUUAUAAAAAAGAAAAUAUUAUAUAGGACUGGCAGUGUUUUACAGCUAUUUGUUUUUCAUAAUAUAUUUAUGUAAGUGUGUGUUAUUACUGUGCGGAUUUAAAUAUGACAACUGAUUUUCUACAAAGUGAACCCGAAGAAGAGGUUAUUUCAUCUAAAGGAAUGGCCAGGAGACUGAACGAUUUGCCCCCUUAUCCUUUACAUUGCAUACCAUAUAACGCCUUGAAUGAGCUUGCAGAGGUCUUUGAUUCGCCAUCUGUAGAUGGUCAAAGGACACUGGAAGGAUUAGCCGAGGCAAUCUACACACUUAGUGACUACACAAUCAAAGUCGAUCACAAUAAAGUAUCGAUAUUGCGAUCUCGCUGUGCAUCUGGAGAAAGUCCAACAGUAAAGUUUAUCCAAGACCUCGCUAAAUACAAGGAUGCAAAUCUUCGAAUUUUACAAAUGGCGAUCUGUUCCCUCGAAACCCGUGCAGAUGAUAUAUUGGUGAAGUAUUUAGGAGAAAUUACUCGACGGUAUAAAAGAGAAGAGAAGCCAGGACUUGUGCUUACCCCUGACAAUUGGUCACAAAAUGAUUGCAAUUGUUAUGAGUGCUCAGAUAAUGGAGCAUUUUCCUUACCUGUAACUGAUCGCACAUUUCAAAAUGCAAGGCAUCCAAGACAUAAUUGUGGUAUUAAAGACUGUGCUCACAAUGGACCAAAACAAUAUAAUCAUAAGCGCAAACAGUCUAAUUCUGUUAACAGAAAUCAGAUGCCAUCUCAUCAUAAUAAUUUUAGAAGUGGCAGAAGCUUCUCAAAUAAUUCAAACUUUAGUGAAAUUCAAAAUGAUGAAGUGAAAACACCUGUAAUGGAGUAUGAAAUGAAUACCUUUUCAAUGAAUCUGUUUGGCAAUGGCACUGAAUUUAUGCCACCCGCAGACUUUGACCCCAUUCCUCCAAGUGAUUAUGAAGGGGAGGAUGAGGAAUUUGAGGAAAGUGUUGUAUUAUCUGAAAGGAGAAUACACAGUGAAAAUAUCCAAAGACAAAAGACGAAUGUUCCAGCAAGGCGUGUCCAGUCAAUGCCUGUUGGUUCAGAUCAAUUGAAUACAGACCCAGCACGGAGACAUUCACAUCCGGUUUUCAACAAAAAAAGUCCACCAAAGAAGGACUGUGAAAGCGACGGUGACAUUCCCAAUAUUCCAGACGCCUGCACAUGUUAUAGAAGUCCUGUUAUCCACAUAGGACCUAAGACAGUGUUUGUAUCUCUGGCAGAUGAUUCUAAACAUCAUAUCAAGGAAGUCCUAACCAUGUGUACCAAACUUCAAGAAGCAGGUUUUGAGGUUAAAUGUGAUAUGAUGGAGUCUUUGUUUACAGAACAAAAUAUUAACGUGAAUGAAUGGUUAGACCAAUGCUUCACAAGAGCGGUUUUCGUGAUUUUUUGCAUAUCGCCCAAGUAUUUCAAAUAUAUUGGUGUGGACAAUUCGACAGAGGCUCAUGCAAGUGAUAACAAAUUUCACACAAGAUACAUUUUUGAUAGAGCUCGAAGUGAAUUUAUUCAAAAUAACAGUAUGAACAAACGUUUUCUACCAGUACUUUUCCGCAACUCCGGUGCAAAACUUGGGCAUAUUCCGGAAUUUUUAAGAUCAACCAUAAGGUACGUGUUUCCAGAGACUUUUGGGCAUUUAACAGCAUUCCUGCAAAAACAGUGAUUUUAUUUUUGGGGAACGUUAAAAGAAUAGUUCCUCGUCCUUGUGUGAAUAUACCAAUGAAUUUGAACAAUGUAUUGACAUUUAUUAUUUGAUAAAUCUCAUACAUCUGUUUAUUUCACUCAACAUAUACAUGUAGAUAUGUAAAUACACAAAGAAUGUAAGUGUUUAUUCACAUAAUUCAAAUAAUUUUGUCACAGUGGAUCUUUCUUGAA